AUGGAUCCAAACGGGAGCAACGGUCCUCUGAGAGAAGGCUUCCUGGUCAAGAGGGGCCACAUUGUUCACAACUGGAAGGCGCGUUGGUUUGUGCUGACACCAGACAAGCUGCUUUAUUACAAGUAUAAAGAAGGGAAACGGGACUCGUGUCAGCGAGGGAAAAUCCUGCUGAAGGACUGCCUGAUAACCUGUCCUUUCCUGGAGUAUGAAAACAGGCCGAGGUCCAGAAGUCCGUCCCCAGCAGGGUCCGCGGUGGUGGACUGGCUGGUGUUCAUGCAGCUCACUCUGACCCGGGUGGAUGCUCUAACUCUGGCCUCGGCUCUGCUGGAGGAGGGCUUCCUGCGGACGGUGGGCCUGAAGAGCAUGGAAGGCCUUCGCAGCGCUGGCCUCAGCGAGCAGUUCAUGGACGACUCCACGGCGCUCUACAGCUUCUCUGACAGUUUGAAGAAGAGAGGCAGCGUGAAGGCAGAGACGUCGCUGUCUGCAGUGGAGCUGAGCGGGAAAGUCAGGAAGAAAGGAUACCUGCUGAAACAGGGACACCGAAGGAAAAACUGGAAGGUGCGACUGUUCGUUCUGCGUUCAGAACCGGCCUUUCUUCAUUAUUAUGAUCCCACCAGGGAUGACAUCACUCCAGUUGGUGGCUUCUCUCUGCGAGGGUGUCUGGUUUCUUCUCUGGGUGAUAAUGGAGUUCCAUCAGGUGUGAAGGGAAACAUUCAAGGCAACUUGUUCAAAAUCAUCACCAAGUCAGACGUUCAUUACUACAUCCAGGCUCCAAGUCACCAGGAGAAGAUGGACUGGAUCGAUGCCAUCAGAGAGCAGACGUAGACUUCUGUGAGAGCUGACUGAUGUUUCAGUUUGGACACCAUGAGAUGAGGAUGAUGAGGAUGGCAUGGAGUAUGAGGACUGUGAGGAUGGUGAGGAUUAUGAGGAUGCUGAGGAUAAUGG